AUGGUGAUAUUUGUGCUGCUGAAGCUUUUCCUCCUUCCUCACAAGGUAUGCAAGGCUUAUGUUGUUCAGUGCAGGAUCAGAGAUCCACACCCUCCGCUUCAACAGUAUCAUCAGUCAGGAGACCUCUUUGUUGGUGGUGUUGCUUCUCUGAGCUUCAACAUCAAUCCAAUAGACUUCACAGAAUAUUCCCAGCUGGCAAUGUUUGAUGACCUUCUAGUUGUAACUAAGAAUUACCAACACAUCCUGGCCUUGGCCUUUGCAGUAAAGGAGAUCAAUGAAAACCCUCAGAUAUUACCCAAUUCCUCCUUGGGCUUCCAUAUCUUUGACAGCUAUUAUAAUGCAAGAUGGACCUACGAUGUCACAAUGCGACUUAUGUCUUCACAAGAAAAAUUUGUCCCCAACUACAAAUGUGACACCCAGAAUAAUCUGAUGGCAGUCAUUGGAGGGCUGGACAGUGACAUCUCACUUCACGUUGCCACUAUACUGGGCACCUACAAGGUUCCACAGCUCACCUAUGGCUCUGCUCCAGUGAUGAAGGACAACUCUCCAGGCUAUUCCAUUUACCAGAUGGCUCCGAAUGAAAGACUUCAGUAUGUUGGGAUCACAGCUUUGUUACUUCAUUUCAAGUGGACUUGGGUCGGGAUUCUUUUGAUGGAUGACGACAAUGGAGAAAGGGUGGUGCAGACGUUGUCGUCAAUGUUUUCCCAGCAUGGUAUUUGUAUUGCCCUGAUAGAAAGAAGUCCCAGGUCAAAUUUUGUUGGGGGGAUUUCAGACAUGAUGGACCAGGGAGCAAAAUCAUAUGUCAAAAUCAUGGAGAGCAAAGCCAAUGUAUUUGUGUCUUUUGGACAAUCUUAUUCUGUCAAUGAUUUGAGAUGGUUGCCACAGCUAUCAGAAGGACAGUGGGAAACCAAAGGUAAAAUGCUGAUACUGUCGGCUCAAAUGGAGCUAGUUUCAAUGGUCUAUCAAAGGACUUGGGAUGCAGACAUAAUCCAUGGUGUUCUGUCUUUCACGGUUCACUCCAAUGAUCUUCCAAAGUUUCAGAAAUUUAUUAAGAACCAAAACCCUUUGAACACAAAAGGAGAUGGCUUUUUACAGGACUUCUGGCAUAAUGCUUUCAACUGUGUAUUCCAACAUCAAGUUCUGGAUGAGUUGAAAUGCGAUAUCUGCACAGGGGAUGAGAAACUGGAAAGUCUACCUGGGCCUUUUUUUGAAAUGAGCAUGACUAGCCACAGCUACAGCAUCUACAGUGCAGUCUAUGCUGUGGCCCAUGCUUUACAUGCCAUGCAUUCACUGCAAAGCAAGCACAGAACAAUGAUGAAGAGAAUGGGGCUGAAUCUUCAUGGGCAGGACCAAUGGCAGCUCCACGACUUCCUCAGAGGGGUUGCAUUUAACGACAGCGCCGGGAACAAAGUUUCAUUGAACGAGAAUGGGGAAUUGAAAGCUGGAUAUGACAUUAUGAAUUGGGUUAUUUCCUCCAACCAAUCCUUCCGCAGGGUGAAAGUGGGGGAAAUGGACGCUCAGACUGCUCCAGAACGUGCAUUCACCAUCAUGGAGAAAGAUAUAACAUGGCCGAGCUUUUUUAACCAGUUUUCAGACUCGAAUGACUGCUAUAAAUGCACAGAUGAACAAUUUCCAAGCAAAAACCAGGAUUUUUGUAUUUCCAAGCACAUCACCUUCUUGUCUUAUGAAGAACCUUUGGGACUCAGCCUAGCCUUUUUUGCUCUUUCUCUGUCUUUGAUCACAGCUGUGGUGUUGGGAACAUUCAUCAAGCACCACAACACGCCAAUUGUCAAAGCCAACAACCGAAUCCUCUCCUACACUCUCCUUGUCUCUCUUCUGCUCUGUUUCCUCUGUUCUUUGGUAUUCAUUGGCCAGCCUGAGAUAGUGACCUGCCUUCUGCGCCAGACUGCUUUUGGCACCAUUUUUUCAGUGUCUAUUUCUUGCAUCCUGGCCAAGACCAUCACUGUGGUUCUGGCUUUCAUGGCUACCAAACCAGGAAGCAAGAUAAGGAAAUGGGUGGGGAAAAGACUGGCCAACUCCAUUGUCCUUUUCUGCUCUCUUGUUCAAGGAGGAAUUUGUGCUCUCUGGCUGGCAACGUCUCCUCCAUUCCCACAUGUUGACAUGUACUCAGUCACUGAAGAAGUGAUACUGGAAUGUAAUGAAGGAUCCUUGAUUCUAUUUUACUGUAUGUUGGGCUAUAUGGGUUUUCUGGCCAUUGUUAGCUUCAUUGUGGCUUUCCUUGCCAGGAAACUACCUGAUUCUUUCAACGAAGCCCAGUUUAUCACCUUCAGCAUGUUGGUGUUUUGUAGUGUUUGGUUAUCCUUUGUUCCAACGUACUUGAGCACCAAAGGAAAAUCCAUGGUAGCUGUGGAGAUCUUCUCUAUCUUAACUUCUGGUGCUGGUUUGCUUAGUUUAAUUUUCGCCCCUAAAUGCUUUAUAAUUUGGCUGAGGCCUGAGUUAAACAACAGGGAAGGAUUAAUACGGGCAAAAGGUCAAAGCACAUAA